AAGUUCAAUAUUCUUUUGAAUUUCUUUUAUAGAAAAAUAUAUUAUUCUUUCUAAUUUUCAAUAGAAUUCUUCAAUAUUCUGUUGAGAUAUAUUAAAUGCGAGUUAAGUUCCACAUUAAAUAUAGAGUAAAAAUUAAGUAAUAUAUAAGUCAGAUAACUCAUAAAUCUAAUGUCUUAAGGUAAUAGAUUUAUUAUUUUUAUCCGACUUAUCCACUGUUGUGCCCUUCACAACAAACUACAUUUCUGUCACAUGUGUAGUUGUUCUUAGUCCAACGUGUCGAUUCAAUUUAGUGAAAUUUCCCGUCAUGGCUCAACGGUGGUAUUAGAGUUCGAAAAGUUUAGUUGAAAGUGUAGUGUUAAACAUCACUUGUGUGAUUGUUCUUAACUCAAGAUGUUGAUUCAACCCAGUGAGGCUCCCUCGUAUGUUUCAUUGGUUCAAAUUUUUUUUUUAUUUUUUGUGUAAAGUAGGCCACUUGUGUUGAGUGAAAAUAAAUUCCUCACGUAUGUUUGAAUUACAUGUGCCAUACAACUAACCCUUGACUCCCCUUUCUCAAUUAUUCUCUAUAUAAUAAUAAUUUUUCUUCUAUAGUUCCUAUAAUUCAAACAUUUAUGUUGUUUUCAACAUUUCUACUAUAGAGUUCAAAAGUUCUAUAUAGGUAGCCAACACCUUAAAGCAAAACACCAACUGAAAAAAAUACACCAAACUACUUUCUUCUCUUCUCUUUUCCAUUUGUUUGUGUUUGGUGUGAAGGGCACACACUAACCAUCCAAGAGAGAAACAGAAAGGUAGUUUUUUGUUCACUAGUAGAACAUCAUGCAUAUAGAAGCCCCAGAAAAUUAUGGCCCCGAAGACAAAAACUUCGACGAUGAUGGACGAGCCAAGAGAACCGGAACAUGGUUGACUGCAAGUGCACAUAUAAUAACUGCUGUGAUUGGUUCUGGAGUUCUAUCACUUGCAUGGGCUAUUGCACAAAUGGGUUGGGUGGCUGGUCCUGCAGUUCUCUUUGCAUUUUCUUUCAUUACUUAUUUCACUUCCACUCUUCUUGCUGAUUGUUACCGUUCACCUGAUCCUGUUCAUGGCAAGAGGAACUAUACUUAUUCUGAAGUUGUCAGAGCUAACUUAGGAGGAAGGAAAUUUCAGCUAUGUGGAUUGGCUCAGUAUAUAAAUCUUGUAGGUGUAACCAUUGGUUACACAAUAACUGCAUCAAUUAGCAUGGUGGCUGUAAAAAGAUCAAACUGUUUUCACAAGCAGGGGCAUAAUGUGAAGUGCAGUGUAUCAAAUAACCCUUUCAUGAUAAUUUUUGCCUGCAUCCAAAUUGUUCUAUGCCAGAUACCCAAUUUCCAUGAGCUCUCUUGGCUCUCAAUUGUUGCAGCUGUUAUGUCUUUUGCUUAUUCUUCCAUUGGCCUUGGACUUUCCAUAGCCAAAGUUGCAGGUGGGGGACAUGUGACAACAUCCUUAACUGGGGUACAAAUUGGGGUAGAUGUAACUGCAAUUGAAAAGGUUUGGAAGAUGUUCCAAGCUAUUGGUGACAUUGCUUUUGCUUAUGCUUUUUCAAAUGUGCUCAUUGAAAUCCAGGAUACCUUGAAAUCAAGCCCUCCAGAAAAUAGAAUUAUGAAGAGAGCAAGUUUAAUUGGAAUUUUGACUACAACAUUAUUCUAUGUACUAUGUGGAACCUUAGGUUAUGCUGCAUUUGGAAAUCAUGCACCAGGAAAUUUUCUCACAGGAUUUGGCUUCUAUGAGCCCUUUUGGCUAAUAGACUUUGCUAAUGUUUGCAUAGCUGUUCACUUAAUUGGUGCUUACCAGGUCUUUGUCCAACCCAUAUUUGGCUUUGUUGAGGGCCAAAGCAAACAAAAAUGGCCAGAUAGCAAAUUUGUGAAUGGAGAGCAUGCUAUGAAUAUUCCAUUAUAUGGAAGCUAUAAUGUGAAUUACUUUAGAGUAAUAUGGAGAAGUGGAUAUGUGAUUAUAACUGCAAUCAUAGCCAUGUUAUUUCCAUUCUUCAAUGAUUUCUUGGGAUUAAUUGGUUCACUAUCAUUUUAUCCAUUAACUGUUUAUUUCCCUAUUGAGAUGUAUAUUAAAAAAACCAAGAUGGAAAGGUGGUCAUUCACAUGGACUUGGCUUAAGAUAUUAAGUUGGGCUUGUUUGGUAAUUUCAAUAAUUUCAGCCGCUGGAUCAAUUCAAGGACUUGCUCAAUCUCUCAAGAAAUAUGAACCCUUCAAAGGAGAACAAUAAUGAUACUUAGUGUUAAUUUUCUAGUGUAACAUUAUUUUUCUUUUUGUUUGUCAAUGUUUUUUCUUGUCUUAAAUAAGUUAAUUACUAGAAGUUUAAUCAAAUGAUAUUGUACUAGUAUUAUCAAGUGUUUAUUGAUAGUGAACAAAUACAACACCAAGAAGUACAAUACAAAUCUAGUGAGUAAUAAUCCCAAAGAUGGUUGUAACUUGUAAAUUAAGUUAUAUGUAAUGUAGGACAUUUAAAGCAA